AUGUUAAAUGUAACAUAUAGUUCUCAACGUGAAAUACGCCAUAAUCGUUGUCAAUUAUUAUUGCAUGAAAUUAAUUAUGACAAUUUUUUACGAACACGUAUUGCUUGUGUAAAGUCAAGUGUUCCACAACAAAUGCAACGUCCACGCCAUUUAGUCACACAUCAUCGUGUCCAUUUUGAUCAUAGUCAAAAUCUAACUGAGAUACAUCGUCAAAACAUGAUUUUAUGUAAUAAGAUCAUGCAUGCUUGGAAUACAAGUCAAAUUGAUUGUCAUAAUCAAUGUUAUACGCGUUAUCGUGUUAGUCAUUAUCGCUUAAAUCAAAAAACUUUUAAAAAUGCUGUUGAUAAAGAAAAUCGUCGACUUAUAUGUUCGUUACACCGUCGUCGAAAAACUUAUAUUUCAUCACAUGAACGUAAUGCAGCCUACAAAUCUUAUUUGGAUCACUUGAAGACACAAAAAAGAAUAUCGAAAUAUCCAAAAACUAAAAUAAAAAGUUCAUUUUACAAACAAAUAAUUGAGAAAAAUUUGCCAAGCUCAAUUUAUUAUUACUAUCCAGAUAUGUAUCGUAAAAUAGAUAAUCGUAAACUUGGAUGUUUUUCGCGUAAACGCAGUACACAUGAACGUUAUUCGACUUUACAUAAUUGUCGUUUUCCACAAUUUUCUCUACGUAUGGUAACUGUCGAGGAUAAUUUUAAUGAAAAAAACCUCGAUAGAGAAUGGCAAGAAUUAGUCGCCAAAGGAGAUGCAUUUCUUUCUCCUGAUCAAAAGAAAAAAUUGGCUCGACCUGUCUGUAUCGAUAGACUCAAUUAUUUGGAUAGUGGAGAUGCAUCGGAGUCGUGCAGAAAACCGUACUGUAUUAGUGAUUGUAUGAAAUACUAUGAUAUCAAAUGUUCACCAAUUUCUCAAUCACACAAUAUAGUUGAACAUCUACGACGAUGUAGAGAUGCUCCACCAAAUAAGAAGACAAUUGUUCAAAAAAUGUUAGAAAAAUCCACUCAAAAAGCUAUUUCUGUUUACGCACAACCAUUUCCCGACGUGCUAAUAGUUAAUAUGCCGAGAAAGUGUCAUUAUGAAGGCAAAUUAUCAAAAUCAUUAAGAAUAAAUCGUUUAGAAAAUGGACAGGAUAUACAUAGACAAUAUGGUUUAUCAAAAACAAAAACUUGUUGUACCAUACGCGGCCUUUCCCUUCAUAAACGGCAAGCAGAGCUUAUUUACAUUUAUAAUACAUACAGAAGACGAUCGACAGGAACAAAACGAUCUUUUAAUGCGAAACAGUAUGUGAAACAUCGGACAUUACCAGUAUCCGAUACUUCAGUUGACUUCAGAAAUGAAGUGGUUGAACAAAAACAGAGAAACAAAAAGACUGACGAGGAUCAAAAACUUUUCCAAUAUUUUUAA